GAGGGAGGCGGGAAGAGCGCGGCACUUCCGCCAGCCGCUCGCUCACCGGCCGCUCCUGGUGGCGGCAGCGGGAGCGGAGGGAGCGCGAGGCCCGGGAGCUGCAGUCCCCGGCCCCCCUCCGCCCCACGCGGCCCGGACCAUGGACGCCAGGUGGUGGGCAGUGGUGCUGCUGGCUGCGCUCCCCUCCCUGGGGGCAGGUGGGGAGACCCCCGAAGCCUCUCCGGAGUCAUGGACCCAGCUGUGGUUCUUCCGGUUCUUGGUGAAUGCUGCUGGCUAUGCCAGCUUUAUGGUACCUGGCUACCUGCUGGUGCAGUACUUCAGGCGGAAGAACUACCUGGAGACAGGCAGGGGUCUCUGCUUCCCCCUGGUGAAGACUUGCGUGUUUGGCAGUGAGCCCAAGGCCUCCGACGAGGUUCCUCUGGCUCCCCGGACAGAGCCAGCAGAGACCACUCCCACUUGGCAGGCCCUGAAGCUGCUCUUCUGUGCCGCGGGGCUUCAGGCAUCUUAUCUGACUUGGGGAGUUCUGCAGGAAAGAGUGAUGACCCGAAGCUAUGGGGCCACAGCCACCUCACCAGGUGAGCGCUUCACGGACUCACAGUUCCUGGUGCUAAUGAACCGAGUGCUGGCACUGAUCGUGGCUGGCCUCUCCUGCAUCCUCUGCAAGCAGCCCCGGCAUGGGGCACCCAUGUACCGGUACUCCUUUGCCAGCUUGUCCAAUGUGCUUAGCAGCUGGUGCCAAUAUGAAGCUCUCAAGUUCGUCAGCUUCCCCACCCAAGUGCUGGCCAAGGCCUCUAAGGUGAUCCCUGUCAUGCUGAUGGGAAAGUUGGUGUCUCGGCGCAGCUAUGAACACUGGGAAUAUCUGACAGCCGGCCUCAUCUCCGUGGGGGUCAGCAUGUUUCUGCUGUCCAGCGGACCAGAGCCCCGCAGCUCCCCAGCCACCACCCUCUCAGGCCUCAUCCUUUUGGCAGGCUACAUUGCCUUUGACAGCUUUACCUCAAACUGGCAGGAUGCCUUGUUUGCCUAUAAGAUGUCAUCAGUGCAGAUGAUGUUUGGAGUCAACUUGUUCUCCUGCCUCUUCACAGUCGGCUCCCUGCUAGAGCAGGGUGCCCUCCUGGAGGGGACCCGCUUUAUGGGGCGACACACUGAAUUUGCUGCACAUGCCCUGCUGCUCUCCAUUUGCUCGGCGUGUGGCCAGCUCUUCAUCUUCUACACUAUUGGGCAGUUUGGGGCUGCUAUCUUCACCAUCAUCAUGACCCUCCGCCAGGCCUUUGCCAUCCUCCUCUCCUGUCUCCUCUAUGGCCACACUGUCACUGUGGUGGGGGGUCUGGGGGUGGCUGUGGUCUUUGCUGCCCUUCUACUCCGGGUCUAUGCCCGAGGCCGUCUAAAGCAGCGGGGAAAGAAGGCUGUGCCUGUGGAGUCCCCAGUGCAAAAGGUUUGAGGGGCCUGAGAGGUGAAGUCAAGUAGGACCCUCUUGCCAUACCAGUUUUCCUCUCUUAUUG